AUGAAUCAAAUUAUUUCACUACAAUUAUCAGAACCAUUUUUCAUCAAAAAUUUUUUUACAUCAUUUCCUGUUGACACAUCAUUCAAUCGUCUCGAAUCAUUGGUAUUUAAUGAUCUUAAUAUAGAUCACGAUGUUUCUAUUCUUACUAGUUUAGUCCAUUUACCUCGACUGUUCUCUCUCAAAAUCUUUUGUUUCGAAUGUGAUGAACUAUUUAUUAUUUUUCAAUCAAUAUUUCGUCUACCUGUUUUACGAUAUGCCAAAAUUUUGUGUGCAAAAUGGAGUACUUUAGUUCCGUUUCCUCCAGCUCCGAGCGACAAUCAACGAAGUAUGACUCUUGAGUAUCUCGCCUUUGCUGGUCCACCUCAUCUUACAAGUAUUUACAAUCUCCUAUCGUAUACACCUCGACUUCGUCGUUUGUCAUUUGGGAAUAUAUUGUGCAGUAGAUACAUACCACUAGAACAAUUUAUACUGCCAUGCAAUCUAACUAGUAUUUCUCUAUGCCAUUGGCAUUUAACAUUUAAUGAAUUCGCAUCAUUCAUUGCAAUCGUUGGUUCUGAACUCGAAUUCUUACGCAUUUCAAUUAUUCAUGAAACUGCCCUAUCAAAUGCUUAUCAGUGGCAACAAUUAAUUGUACAUCAUAUGCCACGUUUGCGUACGUUUCUAUUUGAUUACCAUGGGCGAUUAAUUAAAGAUGCUGAUGGAAAUAGUCGCUGUCAAACAUUACUUGAUGAAUUCUCUUCACCAUUUUGGAUCGAACGACAAUGGGUUUUUGCCCAUAGCCAUUAUCAUAAUUCUCAAGAGGUAUAUGCAGCAUUCUAUUCAACUCAAAUGCACCGGCGAUACUGCUGUCGAAUUGAUGAAUCUUUAGAUAAGAGCAUAUGUUCGUACCAAGAUCCAGUCUUCAAUUUAUCUUUUGGACCACGCAUUAGUAUGAAAAAUCAAAAUAUCGUUGCCAAUUUUCAUUUUCAAUUUCCUCGUGUAACUGAAUUAGAAUUCAGAGAUAAUUAUUAUACGAUCAAUAUUUAUUCAUUCAUCGAUAAUCUAAGUCAUAUUGUAAUUUUGACAAAUAUUACUUAUUUAGAGAUUUCAUUUAAUAAUCAAUUGUUGAACAAUUUUGUUAAACUUCUUAAUCGUAUGCCUAAUGUUCAAAAGUUGAUUCUUGACGUACGAUCAUCAUUUAAAAUGGAAGUAUCUUCAGAUCAACAAACUAAUACAGUGGACUUGGUAUGCAAUAACAAUGUGCGAAAUGUAGAAAUAAUUGGUGGACUUCCACUUACCACUGUUCGACUAAUCAAUAAGCUUUUUCCUCGAAUGGAACGUCUUGAAAUUCAGAACAGAGGGGAUGCUCUCAUAUCAUUUGUACGAACUUUGUUGUCAAACAGAAUUGACAACAGUCAUCUUUUUUCAUUAGUGUUUGAUGGUGAUGAUGUAAUGAUCAAACAAUUGAAGACAAUGAUCGAUAAUGAAAAAUUACUUGAUAAUUAUGAUAUAGAACGUCGACAGUUCGAAUUGUGCUUAUGGUGGUAA